GUAAAAAUGGCAGCAUUCCGUGGCUUCUCACAGGAUAAUUUUUGCAGAAGGCCUAAGAAGAAAAUUAGUUGACACUGCUGUCACAAGUCUUCGCACACGAACGUUCCUCGCACGAGGCAAGAAAGGUGGGCGUUCCGUUAAUGCAUUAAAUAAUUGAAUUUCUAUUUAUAAAAGUGAAUUCGGAAAAGAAAAAUGGUGUAUUAUGUCGGAAGUACUACGGGUUAUUUUUUUUUGUCAUUGGAACACUUGUAAAAGUUACAUUACACGAAAAUUGCCAGUACGUGAAGUGAAAAGUGUGCACAAAAAAUUUUAAUUGAAUUUAAACCUUACUUUCUGUAGUGUUUUUCGAUGACUGUGUGUUAUUAAUAAGUACGUAGUUUUGAUUAUGAACAUACGUAGUAGCUCAAGUACGCAACUGAAAUGUCGCUGUAUUAAGAGAAAAGCUGAUAUAUGUAAGCUGCGUUUAUUCUAACGAAGAACUAAUAAUCAAAUAAUAUUUACCUCAUACUUUAUUCACAUUUUAAACGUGCACAGAAGAGUGUAAGUGUGGGCAGUUUGACUCUGAUGGUGUUUACUUGCUGCGUUUCUUGAGAAGUUAUUUAGAAAAGAGGAAUAUCUAACCAGUGGUACUGUAUUUUUUACAGUAUGAAGGAGAAAUGUUGUGAGAAAACAGAAAUGUUUAUUUUUGAUGAGUUUUUUCGGUUCCUGACAAUUUUUUCGGACGACUGUGGUAUUUUGUGCUUCGAUUUUACGCAGAACUUGAAGUGCUCGUGGAGUUAUGCGUCUAGUAAGGCAGAAUACAAAAACAUUCAAUUUUCGCGUAUUCUGACACUGACAGAAUGAGGCAAGGGCGCGGAGGUCAACGAAGCAAGAAAUGUUGUAGAGGACGAGGAGUGCCCCCAAUCACGCUGCCAGCCACGCUGGAGGACCCCGCUGCCACUUGGAAGGGACCACCCCCCGGCUCAGAGCCCCAGAACUUUGCUCCCAACUCAGGCCAGAACUUUUCUGGUCCGCCGGCGAGCUUCCAAGGACCCUCUCCCUUCCAGGGCCCACCUGCCGGGGCGGGAUCCCCGGCAGGUGCACCACCUUACUCUGGCCCCCCACCCGGUUCGGGAACGCCACAGUACACCGCUUCGCCCGCCCCUUCCGGCUCGUCCACGCCUGGCCCGGGUCCUCCUCAGUCCGUGGGCAAUGCGGGGUUCCCUCCUCCACCGAACAACGGACCGCCGUACAAUGGACCCGGGCCGGGACCGUUCGGCUCUCCGUCUGCGAGUGGCCCGCAGUUCGUCGGUAGGCCGGGCUCGUCGGGACCCCCGUUCGUGGGCGGCCCUCCGGGUGGAGGCAACCCGCACUUUCCCUCCGGCCAACCGUUCGGCGGUCCCCAGUACGGCAUUCCUCCCGGCUCUCCGUUCGGCCAUGGUCCGAGCCACCCCAUGUCCGGUCCGCUGCCCGGCCAUGGUAUAAUGCCUGGGCAGAUCCCUGGCCCCAAUCCAGUCGACAGGAUAGACCAGGGCUGUUCCAGGUGUGCCACGCACGAGUGCCAUGGAACACAGUUGAGAACCGGUGCCGUAGAGGAUAUUCCUCUUCAAAGGGGCGCGCUGGUCGACAGCAGCUAUGGCGGCUCGCCGCGGCCCAUAUGCAACCUGCCUCAUGCGCACGUGUAUCGGCGGCACACUCCGUAUUUUGGCCAGCCCGACUACCGUGUCUACGAACUUAACAAAAGGCUUCAACAGAGAACGGAGGUGAGUUUUCAGGAGAGUGAUAACCUCUGGUGGGAUGCGUUUGCCACAGAGUUCUUCGAGGAUGAUGCCACCCUCACUCUUACCUUCUGUUUAGAGGAUGGACCCAAGAGAUACACUAUAGGAAGGACGUUAAUUCCGCGGUAUUUUAGGAGUAUAUUCGAAGGAGGCGUGACAGAGCUGUACUACAACCUUCGACACCCCAAGGAGUCCUUCCACAACACCAGUAUUACGCUGGACUGCGACCAGUGCACGAUGGUGACGCACCACGGCAAACCCAUGUUCACCAAGGUGAACAAUUUGCUUGCUGUCCAGGUGUGCACCGAGGGUCGUUUGAUUCUCGAGUUCACUUUUGAUGACUUAAUGAGAAUCAAGUCAUGGCAUUUUGCGGUGCGGUCCCACAGGGAGUUGAUACCUCGCUCUAUGGUGGGCAUGCAUGCCCAGCAAGACCCCGCCAUGCUGGACCAGUUGUCGAAGAACAUCACGAGACAAGGGAUCACCAACUCCACCCUCAACUACCUCAGGCUGUGCGUGAUACUGGAGCCCAUGCAGGAGCUGAUGUCCCGCCACAAAGCGUAUGCACUCAGCCCCCGCGACUGUCUCAAAACCACCCUGUUCCAGAAGUGGCAGAGGAUGGUUGCCCCGCCGGGUAAGAGAGAGUCCCAGCGACCGGCGAACAAGCGGAGGAAAAGGAAAGGCUCGCAGUCCGGAGGCGCAGCCAACAACGCUCCUCCGGUGCCCAACAAGAAGCGGUCGCCCGGCCCCAACUUCUCCCUGGCGUCCCAGGACGUGAUGGUGGUCGGAGAGCCGUCGCUGAUGGGAGGAGAAUUCGGGGAUGAAGACGAGAGGCUCAUCACCCGACUGGAGAACACGCAGUACGAUGCUGCCAACUCGCUGGACCACGACAACCACGGCUUCUCGGACUCGCCCAUGACGGGCGGGCCCAACUCGUGGGGAGGAGGGGACCGGGGACCAGGGGGGGUGGGGGUUGGUCCCCCGGGGGGCGCGACGCCCUCUGGCCAGGACUCUGGCAAGAAGUCUCCUGCGGUUAGCCAGUGAUGAACAGCGUGCAUGUGGUUCGUGUUUGUACGGGUGGCUUACAUGGCGGCAUUCUGCCUCGACAUUGUCUCUCUACUAUCGCCAAGAAUUCCCGAGUAUUUAUGAUACGCCCUUUUCAGUGUGUGUUUAUUUUAUUUCUUUUUUUAAUUUUCGACACUGUUUCCUUGCAGCAAACGUACUAGUUACGUAAAUUUAUUGUGGGAUUUAUAUUUUCUUUGUGAAAAUUUUUUUUUGUAAGCAUGUGUGUACUUAAUUAUUAUACAUUGGUUUCAUAUUGUUUUGGAACUAUUAUACACUGCCCAUUUUUUCAUGUUUGUUGAUGUGAUAUAUAUUUUUAAAUUUUUCGAGUCAGGUGUUGAUCUGUGCUGUUUGUAUUUGCCAUGCCAAAACUUGCAUGAUUAUUUAAUUUUUUUUUUGUUACUACUGUAACAAAAAAUUUUGAUGCUACUGUACAGUGUAAAAUGAGCAUCUCCAUAUGUACUCUGCUGCAACAAUAGUAAACAACACAUGUCCAGUAUUCAAAACUCUUGCCACAUCAUUUCCUUUGCUCUCAUUCUUGCUGGAUUUUAAAAUGGUUGUUCGUGUAUAUCAGGGGUCUUCAAACUAUGGUUUUAAUUUAAUGUAGGUAUGUUGGUAUGAUGAGCCAGCUAUGUCUUGGCCUGUGGGACUUAGUGGAGUCAGUGUAGGCUAACAAUUUUGGAGACCCUGGUUUAUAUCGUGAGUGGUGCUGAGUUGACAAGAUGUACUUACGUGAUUAUUUUUCAUGAAGCAGUUGCUUCUUCUGCAGUUUUAUCAAAUUGUUUUGGUUUGUUUGCACCAAAUUUAUUUUUGUUUAUAGCAUUUUUGUCACAUAGAUGUGAUUGUGAAAGAAAAAAUUUUAGACAUUACUUCAUUUCAAAGUUACUGUAAAACUUUGUAGUUGUUAUAAAUGGUAUUUGCUGAUGUACUUAGCAUAGUUAGUACUAAAGCAUAACCUUUUUACCACUAUAUUCUGAACAUUUUUCUAUAGUCUUGCAAGAUUUGCAAUAUUCUGCUCUAAAUUAUAGGAUUUUAUUUAGCAUACAUGUAGAGUGAAAUGUGUGUUUAAUUUUUGUAGGCAUGUCACAGCAUUUAGACAUUUUUUGUUCCUGAGCCAACAUAGGACCUUAACCCUAUGCUUGAUAUCACUAAGCAUAGAGCAUAUACUUUUCUAAAAGCUUUGCUUCUUAUUUUUCAAAAAAAAAAUUGUCAUGAACUUGAAAUACCUGUAUGGUUAUCAUAAUCUUUUUAAUAAAAUAUAACAAAAAAAUGCCAAGCAUGCCUGGAACAAUAGAAUCCACAUCAUUAUUUUACUUACUUAAAUUGAUAAUGGUGCUUAUUGUGGUUUAAGAAAGAUUUGUACUUACGAUACACAAUAAUAGGAGUGUGUGGUAUUGAUAAAAUUUUAUAUAGUUGUGAAAGUUUACGUCUCAUUGUAAUUUGAUGGCAUUUUAAUUAAGUCUAGGUGUAAAUGUUAUUUUGGUUAGAUAUUUUAAAUAUGUUAACCAUAUUUUUAAUGUGGUGCCUCUAUUCACCCUGGCAUGCUGACAGUGAAAUUUAUUACAGUAAAGGAAGUUUGUUGUUGCACGUAGACCGUGAAUUUAGGGACAAAUAUUUUAAUAUUUGACUAAUAAAUUAUAUUAAUUACUGUUAUAAUUUGCUGUUUGCAGAAAUAUUUAAACAUAAUGGGGUUUGUCAAAAUUUAUAGAGGUAUCACAUGGCAUAACAGUAGAAAUUAGCUUUUGAAAUUAGGUAUCAAUAACAUUAUGUAUUUGCUUAUUUUCAGUUAUUUCAGUCUAAUACUGUAUUAUAUACGCACCUGUGUUUUGAAUUUUUGAAUGCUUAAAAUCAGGUGAUCUUAUGAUUGAUUUUUGAUUUACAAAAUUUACUUAAUUUUAAGAUGCAUAUUUGCAUUGAUUGGUUAAGCUGAGAAACUAGGGUGCAUCUUAUAAUAAAUAAUACCCUACAUUCGCAACCCAAUGUUUAAACAUCUGAGAAAAGUAUAAGUAGUGCAAGUCAGUUAUUGAGGUUAUUCAGGAUGGGGAACAAGAAACUGUGAUGGCUUGUUUACUUUCACUUUAAGAUAAUUAUAUUUGCACCAUUACUAUUAGAGAUGCAUGUUUAUUUCAGAAAAGUACUGGACACUUUACAUGUUAAGAACUGUCUUUGCUAAUUUGCAUUUGAUGCUGUUACAUAAAUACAGUCUGUGCGCAAAACCUGCUAGGCAAUGAUGUAAAUAUUGUUGGAUUCUCUUAAGUCAUUAACUCAUUAGUAGGGACAAGAUUAUAUGGUUUUGUAUUCAGGCUAAUUUCGUUUUUAAAAAAAACAGGAAAUUUCGGCAUUAUUGUUUUAAUUUUUUAUGAAUUCUGUGUAUUCAUAACUAUAGCAUAUUAUUAAACAAAUGUGACACUAAAAUGAUUUUGAUUAAUAUACACUUUUAAAUAUAAUAAUUUUUAAUAAGCAUGUUUAACUAUUCAAUACAAAAAUAAUAAAUUGGCAAGUAUUUGUGUGUUUGGAAAAUGUGCCAACUCAUAAUGUACAACUAAUAACACUUGCAAGAUAAAAGAAAGUAAUUUUUCCUAUUUUUUUAGUACAUACAUUUUGGUACAAACUUUCUGCUAAAUAAACUACAUUUAUUGGAUUAUACUGUAUUAAAAUAUUAGGUUUUUGUGAUUUGAAUUAAUUUUUGCUUAUAAAUGCUCAUUUAUAUCAUGAUUUUAGUUCCAUUUCAGUGCAUUAAGGUGUAUUAAUUGCAUUUUGAUGUUAGGUGUAUGGUGUAUUGACACAGUUUUCGAUGUUGGUAUUUCAGUUUUAUUGUAAUCCACCGUAUACUCUUGUUCCUACUCAUUAGGUUAUGUCUUAUGAGAACCAAUUAAAUAUUAACAUUCACAUUUUUACAAUGAAAUUGCUAGUAUGCAAAUUGAAUUGUGUCUUAUGCCCCCAAGGUAAACGUUUUUGAGAAACUUCUGAGGUUGUUUGGAGAUAAAAAAAAAAAUCAGUGGCAUUUUAUAUUCUGAUAAAUACAGUAAUUUUAUAAAUUUUUCUAAAAGGACCAGUUUGUGUAAAAAUCAAAUUCUUUGGUAUAUUUUUAGUGUAUAGUAUCCAUUAAUAUACUUAGCACAUCAGUAGGCAUACUUGUAUACACAACAAAAUAAAAAUGAGUGGUUAACAUUGAAGGUAAAUAAUUUCAAUAUUAUUCUGCUCAGAAAUUCCAGUAGAUAUAAGUGACGACCAUUUGCAGUUGAAUGGGUUACAAAAUCUCAGUACUGCCCUCCUAAGCAAGAAAGCCCUAACACCAAUAAACCAAAUUUUACAGGAGAGCAAAAAGAACAUUGUUUCUUGGCCAUACUAUACUAAUUUAUAUUUGCACAAUUAUUACAUUUAGUAUAUGUAAUCCUUAGUAUGUAAAAGUAUUAUGAUAUGGUUUUUAAACAUAUUUUAUAUACGGAAUGUAUUAAAAAUAGAGUUAAGGUGUUCAUACCUAGAAAAAAUGGUUAACAGAUAUGUACUUUUAAGGAAGAAAACCUGAUCUCCAACAAAACUUAUUGUCUCACUAACAGAACGAAUAAGAAAUCUAAAUUUACUGUGAACACGUGUAAGCAGCAAUACAAAAAAAAAUAUAUAUAUUAAAUGUAUGCAAUAUAAGCAACUAAUACUGGAGUUUAUCAAUCAUUUCUAGCAAAAACUUAAGCAAACAAACUAUUAAUUACAGCAUGCUGCACAGUUAUUGCAAUGUGAUAUAAAGUCAAAAGUAAUGGUAUAAGAACUAACUGUGUUAUGUACAUUUCUCAUCCAUUACUUAUCAUCAGAGAUGCACAGAUCUGGAACAUAGUUUACAGGCAGGUCUUUCCAAAAUUGUCUGCAACUCUGUGGCAUGAGUGGUACAAGUUUUUUCAGUAUUUCUUGUUUUUUCUCUGGGCAGGCACCUCUUGCAGAUGUUUUGAAUGUUGGAGGUUUCAAAGUAGUGGACAGGCCUUUCUUGGUCAUGAAGUCAAGGUUUAUUGUUGGGGAAAAUUCAUAAUAACAUGACUUAUAUUGUAGAUUGUUGUUUCCUUUUUCUGCCUUGAUGUAGCCUAUGUCACUUAAAAUAGGACGGUUAGCAAAGUUGUCGUACCUCAUACAUUUGACUUCAGUUUUUCCAGAGUUAGCCUUUGCAACAGAGUCUUGAAAAUCCAUGAAGUCAUACACCUUACCAUGGCGGUGUAGGGAUUGCUCUACUUGAUGGUGGAAAGAAUCAGCAGCCAUAAACGUAUGGCCUGGCUCAAAGAAAUACAACUCAAUUAUGUGUGUGGAUACAUACUCAGAAUUGACAAUAUGCACAAGAUACGUAAGUAAGCACCAAUUCUUAUUCUGUCCAGAGCAGUUGUCCAGCCAUAAAACUAUGUGGUGUAUGUCUCUGCAGUGUAGGAAAUAGCAUUGAAUGCACUAUGUCCUCUUUCUUUCUGCCAGAUAUGCCUUCAAGCCAUAUGACAGCUAGAGGUUUCAAAGAUUUUUGUUUGCCACCAACAGGAACAAAACCCUCAUUGAAUGCAAUGAUGCACUUUGUAAACAUUGCAGACUUGAAACCUUCCAUUCUUGGUAACAUAAUUACUUUUUGUAAAUGAGCUGUAAAAUAAACUUUUUUCCCCACAUGGUUCUUCAUCUCCAUGUUUUCUGUACAAAUUUCUGUCUGUGUUACUUUGGUCAAUGUGGUGUUUCCAUUCUGUACAUUGUUCACAGUCUAGUACCAAAUAAUCUUUGCUAUGGUCUGAAUUAUGGUUAUUAAAUGCCUCACAUGCAUCACAUUCUUCAUUGCCAAGCUUAGCAAAUGAUAUAUUCAUUUCUUUGACAACAGAUCUAUAUAGAUCAUAGGAACAUUUUAUGUCGGGGUGAGAAGCAACAAAGUUCUUAUACAUUUCAUUUACAUUUAUGUUACUUGGAAGAUAUCGCCUAUUGGGUGCAUGGGAGCGAAGGUAAUGGGCGAUGGAAGGGUUGUAUGAUUCAAUGUGAUCCUUCAAGACCUUUUAUCAACCUUGGUUGGAGGUAUACCUUUUCCCCUCCCAUCUGGUGAAAUGUUGGUGGGGUCAUUUUCCACACACAAAACAUUGUGUAAUAUAGUAUCAUUAUUUUUCGUGUAGCCUAACGUUGUUAAGAAGAAGGAAGACUUGAACUUGCUCUCCAUUUCCAUCUGUAAGGUAAUAUUUGAAUGCAAACCUACGUCGUGUUGGAAGUCUCACUUCCCCGUCUUCUUUUAAUACUUUGCCUAGUUGUUGAUAUUAGGAUAAAAUGGCUUCGAUCAAUCCAGCUCUUCUUGGUAUAUAUCUCAUUAAUAGCAACUUGUCUUGAUUCAGGAAUACGUGCUGUACACUUGAGACGGCAUGCAUCGCAAGGAGGGUGUAAAGGGUGCUUAUCACUAUAAUUCUCUAUGCUUAUUGCAUGUUUUUCUUCCUUUGAAAGCUGUUGUUUUUUCUUUCGUUGACGCUGUUUGCCUUUCUUGGCAAGUUGAAGUACUUGGUCAUUUUGAUUGUUCCCAUCUAAUUCUUCAUCGAACUGUCUUAAUUCCACUUUACUAGUUCCAUGUUCCACUACAUAAUUUUCUUUAACUGAAUUCUCAGAAUCUUUUUCAUUGUUAUCUAAAUUGUCCAGCAGUCUUUCUCUGUCCAAACCUUGUCUUCCUUUCUCAUUAGCUUCAAAUGCUUGCUCGACAUUUGUCUUGCAUAUGUCUAUGUCAUGUUCUUCUUCAAUACACUUGCUUGAAAUAUUAGUGAUUUUCAUAGGUGAUAAUUCAGUUAGAGUAUAAUUAUUAUCAUUGUCUGCAUUCUCAGGAUCUUGACUAGGAAUAGACCUACAUGUACAAAUGAAGCAUUAGGGCUACACAAAAAAUCACUGUCAUCACUUGUGUUGUUUCGCUCUAACAAACUACAAAUAUACCUUCCUCUUGAAAGUUUUUUAUGUGUGUCACUUUUAUUCACAAUAUUAUUACUUGACAUCUUCAAUUAUAUUAUUUCACAUCACUGAAUCUAAAUUAUUUUGACUUACAUUCUUGCACUUUGGGUAUAUCUGAUGGAUAAAUAAACCAUAAACAUGACAAUAAACAGUACUUAAUGUUGACAACAAAAGUAACAAUCAACAUGGCCAUUCCAUAUACUCAUAUGUACCAACACAGUGGCACAUAAUAUUGCCUGCAGAUUUUGUGUUCCACACAGUGCUGCCAUCUCUGUCCUGGAGAAAUAUUAUAAUAAUUCCUCCCGAACAGAAAUGGCAGCACAGAGGCUAAAAGAGUCUCUACAAGUAAUAAUUACAUGUUUUCCCAAAAAUAUGAUAUGGCAAAUCUUUAUUUAGAGUGUAAAUGACAAGAGACUCACUUUUAAUUUACUUAGAAGCACCUAAGGCAUCAUGUACACCUUUGUCAACUAUUGAAAACCGUAAGAAAGAAAGCCUUAAGUACAAAGACUGGUGCACUUAAAGCUUUCUUCCUUCAAAUAGUCAACAUAAGGCCUUUUUCCUUAGUUUUGCCCUAACUUUUGGACUUACGGCUUUUUUCACUAGCGAUUUAAACAGGCAAAGAUUCGUUAUGACACUGUUUUUGUAGCGUAGAAAGGUGUAUUCUGUUCCAAAGCUUCAGAAUAUGAAAAAAUAAAAAAUAAAAAAUAAAAAAUAAAUGGAGUUAAGGCUUUCUUUCUUAGGAGGGCAGAGUAGGUAAACCCAUAUUUAAAGGCUCUGAACUAAGUUUAGGAUAAAAGUACAACAUGAUUUGUUAAUACAGCUUUAUGUUCUUUAGAAACUGUUUAAUUAGUUGUCCCUGAAAUUACUUUGGCUUUUGGAUUUUAGCAUAAUUAGGAUCAUAAUAUUUACAUACUUUCUGUGUUUCUGUAAUUAACUGUAGUCAUAAAAAUUAAACACUGUUGAACUUUUUUUUAAUUCACCAAUUUUACAAUUUCUUUAAAUUUUGAAACUUUUUUACUGUGGUCCUGUAGAAUCUGCAUACAGUAACAGUUUCCCUGCUGAAUUUUACCACAGUUUUUCCCUAAUCUCUGAACGGUGUAAAAUGAAGUUUCAUUGUAGUAGAGAAGUUAACUACCCUGAAUAAGUCAACUUCAGUAUCUGCAUCUUGACGUGAAAAACUUGCGUAGUGGUUAAUGAAUUUGCUGGUGGAACUGCCACAUGUCUUGGUGCACUGUAACAGGGAAAGUGUUUUCUCACCUGGAAAAUAAACAAGUAAAUAAAAACCACAAAAUUCUAAGAUAUUGAUUUUAAAACUAGAUAGUAUGAUUUACUGCUCUGUGCAUUUUCAAUAAUUGUGCUCUUUUUUUUUUUUUUUUUUGCAUUGCUCCUUUUGUCCCUUGCAGUUAUAUUGAUCUCUUGAAAUUGAAACAAAUCAGAGUUUCCUAGCGAUGACCUGACUUCUGGUCAGUCAGCCAUGUUGGGAAAUUAGUCCUUAGAGCAGUUGAGUAAUGUAUGGUUUUCCAAAGGCUUGGUGGCUUGGUAUCAUUACAACAUGCAUGUUUUUAUGUUGACAAAAAAUACAUGUAGUUUGGACUUAGGUAAAUAGAUUUGAGAAUCUCUCGUGCUGAUGGUAUAGAGACAACAAAACUACAUUUGGAUUAAUUUAACUGUGGGAUUCUGCCAUGCAAAAAAAAUUGUCACUCUCAGUGCCAAGUACUAUACUUUUAAAGUCAAACAAUUUUCAUUAUAAAUCUGGCUUUAAUAGGAAUGUUCAUGGUAACUACUAAAGUUCCACUUGUAUUAGAAAUUUGUGGGGUUUUGAACCCUUUUAUGUGAAUUGAAAAAAGUUUAGUAAUGCAUAUAUGAUCAGGUUUUUCUCUGAUGAAGUCUUUGAUGCCCCAGCAUGUUGAAUUAUAUCUCAUCUGAACAUUUUCAGAGUCCUAAAAGUGUAAUAAGCUUUAGUGGCUUCAAUGAUAUUCAGGCUCUGAAUGUUAAGAAAAAAACUGUUUUAUGAAAAUGCAAUAUUCAUUUCAAAAGAUGUUUUUCACAAUUUCUAGCGAAACUUAAUUUGCUAUCUUGAAAUACAAAAAAUUAACAUAAACAUGCACCCAUUAUUUUUAUGUUUCUGUUUGAUAAAUAAUGCACUGUGUCACAUUCUGUUCUAUCACAAAUCGUAGAGCCUUGAAGAAGUUUUGUUUGACAUGUCUGUAUAAUGUUUCCACUGUGCGUACGUUUGUCAUUGUGCAGCUGAUGUACAUAAAUGAACUCGUGGUGAGAGUUGACUUCAUCUGCACCACGAUACAUCUGUAGACUGAAUGUGUCUGGCCACUGCCCAAUAUUUUGAAAAUGAUAAUAUUUAUAACUGAAGAGCUCUCUGCAUUCUUGUAAUUAGGCAAUGGAAUUCAACAUUUCAAGAAAAUUAUAUUUGUUUCAUGGUUAGCAGAUACGUCAGUUUUGUUUUCAGUUUACAAACGUUUCAGUGUGUUGGUUUGUAGAUACAUCAUGGAAACAGUUUUUUCAAAGAUAUGCUAUAUUAAUCUAGAAAAUUCAUAGCAUAAAGAUUCUAUCCAAAAACCAAAAUAAUGGGUUCAAAAUUAGAACUGAGGAAUCAGUAAUGGAUUUUUCCUUAGUACAUCUGUGCUAGGAAAAAAAAACUGUUAGAAAUUGCUUGAGUUUGUAUUUUCAAGAGAAAAUAUUAAAAGGGUAGGAGAAUAGAGUACAUAACAGCAGAGUAUUGGUUGUAUAGCAAUACUGCAUGGCCAGGUAAUGUCUCUGUGACUACACUUUCAAGGCAUUGCAGAGUGAGCUCUGUUCUUUUUUUUUUCCCCUUUAAAGGUACUUAUCACAAAAAUAAUUUUUUUUAAAAAAAUAUUGUUAUAUAAUGAUUACUGAUUAAUGGACUGCAACCCAUUAAAUACAAAAAAAAAUAUUUUUCAAUUAAUACAAGUGUUGGCCAUGAGGACCAAUGAGCAAGCAACUAGUGAGGUUAGGCACGAGGAUUUUUGGCUGGGACAGUACGCCAGUUUGUAAACAUAAGUUUUGAUUAAGUUUACAAUGACUCUAGGAAAACUAGACAUUUUGUGUGAUGUAGCAAACAGUGAAAACAUUUUACUGUGCAUGCAGCAACUAUUACCUAGCAUGCAAGUUCUUUAUUCUUUUUAGCACUGCCAGUAUUAGCAGUUAAGUGUUAUGAACAACAAACAUUUGGUCAUGCUACACAAUCAACUGGCUUUCACUGGAUGUCACAGAAGUGCUAACAUAUUCAGAGCGGAGAGCAACGUCCAUCAUUCUAGUCAUUUUGUUGAAUUUGCGUCCAAGAACUGUUUAGUGAUUUUUUAUUGUUUGAAGCACAUAGUACAUCUAUACCUGAUGCUGAAGUUUUAGUUUUAGUUUAGAGGUUUUGUUUUAAUAUUUGAAGCUUGGACUUUAUUUUCGAUUGAGUUGUGCAUGCAAGUUUUUAUUGUUGUAAAAUGGGGAACUCUUACUAUUACUUUUGUUACCGCCUUCUAUUCUAAUAUAAAGUAUUGUUUGUUACUGAUUACCUAUUUUCAAAAAUGCUUACAAAUAAGAAUUUUUUUCACAUAAGAAGAUAAUUGAUGUGUAAUUCCCAUUAAAAUGCCUCACUCCAACACUGCAGCGUCACAGCAAGAGUGACGAAAAACAGUCAUUGUGCAAAAUGCAAAAUGCAAAAAAAAAAAGUAUAAAGCACACAUGUACAAAAACUGUGUGGCAAAACCCUUUUAUAUAUAUAUAUAUAUAUAUAUAUAUAUAUAUAUAAGAGUGUAUAAGAAUCAAGUAGUCGUGUUUUGCCUCAAUUGGGAUGUUAUAUCUGCAAGAAGUUUUAUGCAGUUGGUUAAUUAUUUGCAAAUAAUUAAUAAAUCUGUAAAUUUGAAAAUAACAAAAUAAUUAUAAAGUCAUAAAAGAAGGAAGUGGCUUUUCUUUUGGCAGCUCGCUGUGGCCUCUAUCACCGGGAGAAUGUCUCGCCGAGUGAUGGCAAGGCUGGUGCCGGCCCCACAUCCGGGUGUUUGCGUUAUUACAGUUAUCGAGUCUAGUUGGUUUGCUGCUUGACAAAAUAUGUAUAGACGAUGUUGCAAUACCUUGUACUUAAAUAUUCUGGUAUCCAGGCGAGCCAAACACAAAAGUAUACUUACAAAAAAUAAUAUGCACUUCAAUGAGACAUUUUACCCAGUCACUAGCUAAUAACUCAUAGGUUAUUGAAAUUUCCUAGUGAUAAGAACUACAUGUGAGAUUGUAGAAAAAUACUUCUUGAAUAAAAUUUAGAGUCAGUGAUUUUAAAGACUUGUUAUGUAAUAAAAGUAUUUUUAACCACGAAAAGCUUUUAGCACCACAAGGUUAUGUAUAGUCAAAUGGUUCUAUCCAGGGUUAAAAUUCACGCUCUUAUAAUGAAUGGUAAUAAUUUAACAAACAAUGGUUAAUGACUAUUGAACACCUUUGCCGAUAGUGGCAUAUCCUUUAUAUGAAAACUAAUCUGUUGGAGUCUAUACAUGAUGCCUCGAGGGUAUGUGGAACCUAAUGCCAGCCAAGGGACUUUUGCCUCGUGAUGUCAAACCAAUCACAAAGCAUUGUGAUAAUUCACGUAAUUCCUGACAUAAUGGAAAUUUUUUCUUGUAAUGGCCUGGUCUGAGGUCUUUGUGACACACACAGUGUUAAUGAAUCACCUAAAAUAUGUGUGUUCCCCAUUAUUGUGUGCAUGUUGGCAGAAAACUUUUAAGUUAGAUAGGUUUGCAAAUGUGUACAUGUGUAUGAUUUUGAGCAUUACAUCACAUUGGUGUUAGCUGAACACAGUUUUAAGUUUUGUUUUAGUAAAAGCUUGGUUUUUGUGAUUGUGACAUUACUAAACCACAUCCUAUAGCUUUUAUUAUAAAAUAUUUUUAUUUACAAUGAUUGAAGACUUGCUUUUGUGAUGUUGGCAGCCUUCAUAUUUAAAAUACAUUAUUGGUUGGGAUUCAGAUUUUAUGUUUUAAAUACAUAUUUAUGUAAAUUAUAUUUACAGUUUACAUAAGUUAGUAUUACAUAAUGGAAACUGUUUGCAUCAGAAGUAUUUCCUACUUUUAAUAGUAAGUUUUAAAAUAAUUAUUAUAUAAUUGUGGUUUGGUCACUGAUUAUUUUGUUUCAAUUUUGUCCAGAAGAAGUGUAUAGAUGUGUGCGUUAAUUUUCCAAUUGUAAAUAUUAAUAUAGUUUACCAAACAGUCAUAAAAAAAAUAUAGAUGUCAUUUUUAUUUCAUAUAUUUAUAUUAAAGCCAAGGAUUAAGCUUAAAAAAAUACAAAAAAAGAUCGGUGCACCCAACCACGAGUUUUCAAGAGUACACAUCAUUUUAAAUUGUACUGUUAAUGAUGUGUUGUAGUUUUUCAGAAGUGUUUUAGUAUAUGAAUGGAGUUAUAGUUUAUUUUUGAAACACUUAUCAUUUUUCUGAUGAAAUAUAUCUGUGUAUACCAGUGAUUAUUUAAUCAUUGUAAAGCAUUUUGCUUAUACUAAUUGGUCAAAAUUUAAUUUGUUUAUGAUGGUAUGGCAUGGUGAAAUGGUUUUAAAUUUAAUUACUUCAGAAUGAUGUGAUUAAGUAAAAGAGCUUUUUCUGUCUUAUGUUUGCAAAAAAAUGUAUUUUUUUUUAUUGCAUGUAUAAAGUUUUAUAUUAACUGGAGAGGUAAGGUUUGUUUUAUACUGUCAAGAUGUAUGCAUAUAUUUUGUUAGUGCUGGAAUUUUUUGUCAUUACAAAACUUUGCAAUCUAGGAUUAGUUACUACAACAAGUAAGUAGUAAUUUGCUGUGAGAAAUGUGUGCUGCUUUUUUCUCAUACUUUGUGUUCUUGUGGGGUUAAACUACUGAAUAUAGUUCUACAUGAUUCAUCCACUUGCAUUUGUGUACUGUUGAAUUACCAGCUUCCAAAGAAUAUCAUAUUUACUUGACUGUAAGUUGGCAGUGUUGGCACUAUUUUAUUUUCUAGCAAGUACCAAUUCAUUGCAAACCUCUUAUUAUAUUGAUUGUUUUGAAUAAGCAUGUACAGUAUUGAACCAUUUUAUAUGAUUCAUCCUGCCCAGGUCUAAAAUAUUAUGCUUUGAAAAACUGUAACAAUUCAUAUAUAUAAACAUUAAUAAACAAACAAAAUUUUUUAAAAAAUUAAUGGAUCCUUAAAAUAUUAUUUUGUUUUAAUGGAGGGACAAAUAGUUUGUAAAUUUCAAAUUAAAAUUUACUUUUUUUCGAAAUUUUAUUAAAAUUAAUUUUAAUAAUAUUACUUUGAUUUAUACACAAUUUUUCUUCUUAUUCUGCUAUCCUUUUUCACAGGAAAAGUUUGGUUGCCAAGGUGAUUUAACUUGACAUUUAUUCAAACAAAAUUGUUUAAUUUCUGACAUUGCAUAUAGCACAUAAGAUGUGGUCAGUUUUUCAGUCCUUAAUACUAGGAAAUAAAUUUGCACCUCCAUAAAAAAACUGAGGCCAUUUUUUCUUGCAAUCAAAGAAUUUUUGGAUACCUAAUAUUUUAUGAGUGUAGAGAAGCUAUAUAAGACCACUUCUUUGUCCUCAUGUCCAUGUAAGAAUCCAGGACUCGACAGCCAUGAUGGAUGGGGAGGAAUGAUAGAGAGGAGGGGGGGGGAUAUUUUCAUUUGCACGCUCCACUCUUGUAGAAAGUUUAGGGAAGAUUCAGUGCCCAGAAGUUGUUAACACUACUUUGCUUUUAAAUUCUGGAGUGCAAAAAAAAGGAUCUGCAUCAUGAAAUAAAAUGUGGCAUGUACAUCACUCCAACAUGUGGAAGUUGCAAGUGUGGAUACAAUGGUAAAAAAAACAUGCUCAAGCUAAUUAUAAUUAGUUAAUUCUUAGUGCAAUUAUAGACUAUGUACCAACAGUGGUGUGGACUAGUGUAGCUGUGACAUAAAUGUUGUCAUAAGUGUAGGAGCUGUUUAAAGCUAUUCUAACGUGCAUAAAUAUCUUGUCUUACAUGCCAGAAAACACAUUCGCAGACAUUUUGACCUUGAAUAUCAAUAAUUCUUCAAAGUUAUUUAUUUUUCUUGUAUUAUCACUAUCCCCAGGAAAAGUAAUAGGUUAUAGCAUUUCAUGGGCAUCUUGCAGCCAAGUAAAAAGCAGGUAUAGAAGCCAUUUGUGUGUGUGUGUGUGUGUAUGUAAAAUGUGAGAUUGUAAACAUCCCACAUGCACCUUUGUUCUGAAUUUGAGUAUCCUCAUUUCUGUUUUGGAGAUCUAAAACUGAACCCUUCAGAAUUUUGGCUGUAUGAAAAAUUUAAAAACAUGUUUUAAGUUAUUGGUGCAUCAAACUUGUUGGCGUUGUAGCACGGCUCUUAACUUCAGCCAGAUGUGGAGCAGGAGUGGUGGUACUGACAGGUGCGUGUGUGUUGUGAAGCUCACUGGUAACACCUCGAGUGCAUUGUGCUUGGUCAGUCAAGAUCCACACUGUGUGUUAGUGGCUCCUUGAGCCAUGCUUUCCUUCUUACUGGCAGAUUGAAUUGCUGGCUUGCCACGAGUGAAAACUUUCAAUAGAAGUUACAGUAAAAAGAAACCACUGUACUUGGUAUUCUAUUUUUUAUUUGUUUAAGACUUAAAAGAGCUCAAACUUAGCACAUUAAAAAUACACACAUAUACCUGUACAAAGUAUGGCAUCAUUAUGUGAUACCUGUCUUUGAAACAUUUGUUUCAAGCAAUAAUAUUUGUAAGAAGGCCUAACUUUUCUCGAGCUGGAACUCCGAACCACUGCAAUUUAUAACUAAGUCAAUUUUGCCAGUAUUAGCAAAAAAUAAUAAUAUAUUGUACAGUUAAACUCUGUUGAGAUUUUUAUUUUUAAAGAAUCUUACUAUUCAAAAAAUAUCUUCAUGUAUGGAAAAAGAAUCCAUACACUAGUAACUUUACUAAUGUAAAGUUUGUGUAACAAAAAUAGGGCAUUAUAGUGCAAUGAAUGUUAGCUCAUUACAUACAAUAAUAAAUCUCAUCGCAUGCAGAGUACAUUUUACUGACUUCGGCACAUUAUUUCAUCAUGCUUAGCCAGAGUAAUUUUAAUUGUUGACGAAGCUUCAUUUCUGUAGCCUCAAAUGAGAUCAAUUUAUUGGAAUCAACUUUAUGUUAACUUUUUUAGUGGAAAAAAAACUUUUUUUUCCAUAGUAAUGAUAAAAAAUUUCAAAUAGUUGUAAAUGAUUAAUGAUAGUACAGAAAGGAGCUAAUACGUAGUUAGCUGGUCUGAUAAGAAUUGAGAGUUUGGACCAAGUGUGUGGGGCUGGUAGGUUUAGCUACUGGAACCUUUCCUUUACACACACCACCACACAUCACCACCCUACUUUUUUUUGUAAAUUAUAUAAGUAGGUAAUUUGUUUUUCCCAAAAAAAGAAAAUUUCCCUUUUAAAAUUACAUUAUAUAAAUAAAUUGCAAUCUCUAGGAACUUUAGAGAAGAUAGUUAAACUGAAAUAUUCAAACAUUGUAGCAGUGAAAAUACCUUUUGCAGAAAUGUCUCAAAUUAGUUGUUAAUGUACUCAUUUUCACAGUUUGCGAUAUAGUUAAACUAUUAUUAACUCAGACCAUUGUAUGUCAGAGAUAAAUAUAAUCUUCAGUUCUUGUGAAAAGUACUUGCUGCUUCCCUAGACAUGGUAUUGGUCUGUCAGGUGUUUAACAUAGUACAUUAUUUAACAAUCAUGUAAGAUUUUUUUGUUUAAAAUAACCUUAUAGAAAUUAACGAAAAUUAUCUGUUCCAAGAUGAGCUGGUUUUUUUUUUCUUCCAUAGGGUAAUUAUUUAAUGCAAUGACUAUACAUACAUCUGUUUAGUGCAGUGCAGAGCCAUCUUUACUCAUAAAAAAGAAACCAGUUGCAGCACUCAUAGGUCGCACCGUUCUUUCACCGUCAGAUGGUCGUCAUUAUAGUUUAGCUUGAUGUUAUCAGUCAUUGGCCGACUUUCUUUACCAAAUAUGGAAUAAAAGAAAUUCCAUCUUAUUUUAUGAAGAAAGGCGAAGACUAUCACUUAAAGAUGACAUAUAAAUCUUAGGAGGGAGGGACUUGAUCUCAGACAAGGAACUUCAGGUGUGAUAAAAAUCUGUAGCAUUUCUUUUUUUUUUUUUUUUUUUUUUUUGUAGAUGGAGUGCUCAAAUGUUCUGCAGAAAGGAAUGUUUUGAAUUUCGAGUUAGUGUAUUUGAUCACCAUAUUUAUAAAGAUAGUUGAAUGAGUUUUGCAGACUGUCUUUACAAAAUCAUUUAAUAUGUUUAUGAGUUUAUAGUAUAUUUGAAAUUAUUUUUCAUAUAUGAAUCUAUUUUUUUAUAUACAUAUAUUAAAAUAAUCUAGGAUUUUAUUUAGUACACUAUUCUAUUCUUGGAUUCAAAGUUUUUGAACUAAACAAUACAAUUUUGUAUUGUUUAACAAUGUACAAAAAGAAAAUUAGGAACCAAACAGCAUAAUCCUUUUGUAAAACAAUGAGUUUAGGCAUAAUUUUUUUAUAAAACAUAUUUUAAUCAAAUCAGAUCAGUGUUGCUUCUCAAAAUUUGCGUGAUGGGUCAAUGACGUAUCAAAAUAAUUGCAUCACUUUGGUCUAUUAUUUUUAUUGGUGUUUGGUCUGAUGUUCGGAGUUUUUCUCUCGUGGCAAUCCUUUUCAAACAAAUGUAUACAGUGUCGAACCAUUCAGUGUCACAGCUUUGUCAUUGUCAAUGCCAUGUUUUAUUGUAACAUUGUAACUCAUUACUAGCAAGGAGGUGUGGUCUUUAGCAUGAGGGGAUUAACCAUUUCUCAUAAAGCAUGUAUAGUUUUACUUUCAAAAAAAUGCUGUUGAUUCUAAUUUUGAAAAAUGUUAAUAUGCCUGAUUUCUGAAAACUUCCACUACGUCUUGCACAUUGGUGUCUAAUAUAGUUGAAAUAAUUUUCAUGAAUGUGCAAGAGACUUGCUAGUGUUGCAGCAGUGGUGCCAACUUAAAUCCACAGCAACCAUGUUUCAUUGCUGUAAUCAUGUCACUCUCUUGUAGUAUUUUACUUCCCAUUUGUCUUGUUUGUCAUUUGGAUUGAUGCAUUUUAGUAAUGUUUUAUCUUUCUUUGUAAGUAUAAUUAUGGUAGUUUACAUUCAUGUACUUUUUUUCCUUAGUUAUGGUAAGCAGACAUUUAGUCGAGCAGUUUCACGAGUCGUGUCGAAGACUCUCGACGUGACGCGCCACGUAAGCCACCGUGAAGUACCGUAACUACGUACUGUCGCAUUCAUAUCAUACUGUAGGUACUUAAUGAAACCGUGCGAGCGCACGGUGUGGGGGAAGACGACGGCGCUCUUCCCGCGCAGCCCGUUCCGUGUCGGGAGGAUCAAAGCCGAGGACACGAGUGUAUUUAAUGAACUAUGUGUGAGGUGACAAGAGACUGGAAGAUGGUGUAGUGUAUCUCGCGAGAAAGCUGGGCUCCUGUGGUAGCCGUGGACAUACGGACAUCCUGUGCGUUGUUUCAGUUGGGGGGAGGGAGUGGUAACUGCGAACAACAAAACUCUACUGUAUCUGUUGUCAUAGACUGUGCGUGUUUUUAAACUUAUUAAAAUAAAGAUAAUUUUAGACUCCCUUUAGAAAAAUAAGCGUCAACCUGAAGCUAAUAAAUAAUAUUCAAUUGUGGAUUGACCAAAAAAGUACACAAAAUUAUUUUUUUUGUAUGUGUAUUUUUGUCUUUCUGAAAAUUACAUAGCAGUCAUGGUUCCAAUUUUUAAAUUCCAAGACUAUGAAAACAAAAAUCUAAUGUUCUGUAGUUGAGAAUUUUUAGAUUCUGAUUGAGUGAUGUCCAAUUAAACUGCUAUUAUUGUUCCCAAUACUAUAAUUUAUACAUCUUGCGAGUGAUGUAUUAAAUAUAAAAGAUUACAAAAAUAUAAAAUGUGAAAGGCUGAUUGUUUUCAUUGAAACUUGUUUUUCAAAUGCACUAGUGUGCCCACAGAUGAAUGCUGAGUUCAAAGGAGAAUAUGCUUUCGAAAUGAUCAUAUUGAUGUAUCAUUCUUUUCCAGUGUGUCUCCUUCCAACUGUGUGUAUUUCUACCAGUAGAGUUGUGUAUUGUGUCUUUUUCUCCUCUGUGCAGCUUCUCCCAUUGUAUCCCUCUAAUGUAGAUGUGGGCACACUGUUCCAAUACAACAGAGAGAAAACAA